CGUAUCUAGUUACUAGGGACGCUCACACCUGGUUAAUUUUUCAAGCUUCGGUCUUUGCGCUGACCCCAGAUAACGCGAGCUUGUCGUGGUCGGCGACGUGCGGUUGGACGAGCGAGAAAUGCGUGCCAUCAUUGAUCCUGAAAACAACUAGAGACGUGCCCAGUGCCCACUGGGACACAUUUUCUCAUGGGACAUGCUGUCCUACAGGGAAAAAUGGGCUCCGGCCAGAAACAGUGUGCCUCAUGGGGCACGCUAUUUCUAUCAGGAGGGCAGAAACCGGGUCUUCAAAGCACCGGAGAAGCAUUCGGCAUUGGCGUGAAUCAAAGUACACGGAGACACCAAAUAAAGUCGCCACCCCGGCCCCCAUCGCUAGAAGAUUUCUUAUUGGAGUCAUUACGACGCCCGGACUCUAUGUUGUAACAGGAACGGACUGCAAGAGACCCAAGGUCUGGCUCUAUAGGCUACGUCUAUCUAGAGAUUCUAGACUACAAGCCAGGACUCCUGCCACCGCGCCAGGACACUUGCUACUGCGCCCGAACCUGCCUAGGUCUGAUGGGACGCCCCGUUCCAUCUGCCCAUCUCCUCAAAAUGCAACCGCCCGCGGUUGCACUAUGAAAGACGAAUGUGUGGGACUCCUAGUGCGAGGACCUGCGCCAGAUCGCCCUGGUACAAUGUACAUAUGUGUGGCGAAAUGCAAGAAUUCGCAAAAGAUCUUUGUUAUAUCAGCCUGGAGUACUUAUCACUCACAAAAAGCACCUAUCCAGAGAAACGCACAAGGACGGAGUGUAAACUGAGAAGGUGGACAGUUGAGGAAGUUGGGCACCCAUUCGCCCAAGUUGUCUUUCAAGAAUCAGGUCUUCAACCGGCGCUAUGUGCGUCUUCCUGUAUGCGACUUAAGGCUAUGAAAAACAUCCGGCUGGAGCCUCAUGUCGCACUUUCUCUCAGAUUCAGUUGCCAGCCUGCCGAAUCUGAUGUCUUCAUCCCUCGUCACAUUCAAUAUGAAUACCUCGCAUAUGGCCCUGGGUGAGCGGAGGAGAGAACGGUCCUGGGCAUUCC